AGGGUCUGAUCAGAACAACGCAUUUCACUCUGCAUCAUGGCGAUCGGGGUGUCCAUUGUGCUCAUGGUCCUUGGCAGUCUUGGGAUACAAGCCGCCGGACCGUAUUUCCGCGGAGGAUCUCUUAGAUGGAGAGUGCACAAUGUUGAUAAGGUACACAACAAUUACAAUGUAAGCUUCACUUAUCAGCUGAUGUGGACUCUAGGGGAGGGACCAUGCGGAAAACAUUGUUCCGAAACAAGUGUGGGUAUUUCGGGUCCUGCCACGGGACCGGAAAACUUUAUCUGUGAGAAAGGAUGCAAAGGUCAGACAAUCCUCUCAGACACCUCUUACAGUGUGUCUGCUGUCAGUCAAGCGGACCAAUGGGAACAAGGCAUAGGCUCAUUCAGUGUCAUGUUCGGUCACCCUGGCCCCUUUACCGUGGCGAUCGAAGGUCAUGACUGGGUUCCACUCAAAAUUGAGACUGACGGCCAAUGGCGGCUUCAGACGGAACUGACCUUGGGAGUACGGAGUGAUACAGGUCAGCCGAACGCAAGCCCUCUCACGUUUAACAUCCCGGUCUACAAGGUAUACGUUGGCUGCCUAACACCCAUCAGAAUCAUGACAUUAGACCCGGACGCUGACAGAGUGCGAUGUCGUUUUGCUAGAACGCGAAAGGAAUGCGGCGGCGUGUGUAAUAGUUUCCCGGGAGUAGAACUGGAUCCUGUAAGUACUGACACAUCCUUUAAGGCACAACACGUACGUGUUGACAUAUCCUUUAUGGUAGAGCAGGUAUUGACAUAUCCUUAAAGGUAGAGCAUGUAGGUAUUG